UAAGUAAACAAUCUUUUUUCCUUAACCUACAUUUUUGCAGGAUGAGUGAUCAACAGCGAGAUCAACAGUCGCAACAGAGGCAAACAGGUUUUGCUGCACUGAAAGAGCAUGUUUUGGCAAACAAACUGGAAACGACGCAAUGGGUGUCCCGCGUGCUAACCAUCUACUUUGCGCUAGGAUACGUUUUACCGUUCCUCUACGGAAACUCCGUAAAUGCCUACUACAAAGUGCUGAUGGCGAAUGCGGCCACCAGCGCGAUACGGUUACACCAACGUCUACCUCCAUUUAAACUGUCCCGUGCCUAUCUACAGCAAACGAUGUUGGAGGAUUCGUUCCACUAUCUAUUGUUUUCUCUAAUAUUCCUUUACGUUUACCCGAUGCUGGUGAUCAUCCUGCCCGUCGUACUGUUCUCCGUGCUGCAUUCCACGAGCUAUUCCCUGACCCUGCUUGAUACUCUCGGACAAAAUUCAUGGUGGGGUGCCCGAUUGCUGAUUUCGGUCGUGGAAUUCCAGACGCGCAACAUACUUAGAUUUGCAGCCUUUUGUGAGAUUAUCAUUAUGCCCCUGACAGUGCUGCUUGUGUUUUUGGGCAAAGCCGGUAUCAUGACGCCGCUGGUGUAUUACCAAUUCUUGGUAAUGCGCUACUCAUCCCGCCGCAAUCCGUACACACGCAACGUGUUCUACGAGUUGCGAUUAGUGGCGGAAAACUUUGCCAACGGUACGGGCACGCCACCUGUUGUGCGUAAAGCUCUACAUGCGUCGAUCGGUUUCAUCAGCCGGUUAGCACCACCUACACCAGUGCCGCCACAGCAGCAGCAGCAAUAAUAAUAAUACGAACAAAGCAUGCCCAAUCA